GGAGCAUCCUGGGUGCUGACAGGCAGACAGAGACACAGUGGCAGACGAUACAUGCGGCUAUCGUCGUGAGAGUGAGUCAUGCUGCCCUGGAGGAUGGUCAUCGUUGGUCUUUUCUACUGCUGCAUCAAAACAGGUGGUGCACAGCAUCAGGCUAAAGCCCUAUUUCCAGCUGCAAGCAGAAUAAAAAGGGAAUCGGAAACUGCGAUGAACCCCACCUUCCAAGACUCCUUUGAUGAUGUUCACCUAUUAUUCGAGAUCCUGCUGGCUGGCGUACACUUUGAGCACAGUGGGGAGUUCUCAGUGCGAGACGCCGAGCUGGCUUCCCUCCGCAAGACAAGAAACCUGAAAGUCAUCUGCGAGGAGGUCAUUCCCAGGGAGCUGACAGACAUAUAUCGCCUCAUCUCUGACCUUUCAGAUCAUCCCGGCCACCUGCAACAGGAUGAUUUUGAGCGCAUCCUGUUGACACUGGUGUACACCGCCCAGCAGAUGGUCAACUCUACCGUUGAACAACAACGAGACGUGUGGGAAGAGUCUUUUGUUAGUUUGUACAAAGCCAUCAAGCAGGAUCUGACAGGGACCAAUUAAGCAGGUACCGGUGUUGCUACAGUGCUGGGCACAUGGACAUAAAAACAUUAUUUAAAGAAAAAAUAUCCAUUGAGAUCAGGCCGUAGUCCUGAUGUGUGCAUGGAUGAAAUGUUUUAUGUCUUGUACUGUAUGCUGGCAUGUUAUAAAGGCCCUCUUCACAUGUACACAGGCAUUGCUUGAAACAGAGACAUUUUUAGGCUUUUUGUACCUUUUCUAAACACGUACAUAGUGUUUUUUAAUUUGCUGAAAAUUGACAUAUUGGAGAAAAAAAAACCUCCAGGGUGAAGAUAUUAAGAAACUCCCGAUUCAGUGUUUACAUCUGGACAGUAGAGAUUUCAAAGAAGCAAAGCACCGAGACACAGCUGUUAUCAGUGGUUGUACCAGCUACUGUAAGUCACAUGUGAACUCCGAGUAUGUGUUACGAUUGGAGUGUUUGAGUUUGUACAUUGACAGAAUGGAUGUUUUAUUGAUUUGACAUUGUAUUCAGACAGACACAAGCGGACACUGAUCACACAAAGAUGUAAAAGAGAAAAAGACUUGUUUUUCAGACAAAUUGUCCAAGAAUUCUGUGGGGAGCAGUCACAUCUGUGACUCGCUUCAUGAAACCAAACAGCUAACCACAGAGCAAACAAUCAGUUUCCUGUGUAUGCGAAUGGCCAUGGGAUGUGUGUUUUCAGGUGUGCUGUGGCAAUGGAGAUUCUUUCAGAAGCGGCGCUAAAACACUGGUCUGGACAGAGACUGUUGCCACAAAUCGUUAAGGCGCAUGGACUGAUAAGACACAAUUGUUAACACAAUUGUUAACACAAUUGUUAAUUCAAACAUGAGGUAUUGCGUUUUUAGAUAUAUAUGAAACUACACAUUGGAUUAAUAUGUUGACAGUGGCAAUAAACAUCAUGGAUUGUCUUACAUUCACUUGUCUUUUCAGUGUUUGUUCUCUAGCACCUGUUUUUUGACUGACAAGAUCAAAGACAACAAAAAAGUCUAAAGCUUUAAACCAAAGAAAUAAUUUCUUAUAUUCAGCAGUGUUAGCGCUGUGAAAACGUCAUCUUACUGUCCAGGAAAACACUUCAAGAUUAUAUGUCUAUACAAUAUAUAUAUCAAUGUCAGCUUGAUAUCAUUUAUAAAAGUAAUUACAAAAUAUCAAAUAAAACUACAUCCCUAAAGGAAGUCCAUGUAUUAAUAUUAUGCACAACCUCAACUGCAAAUGUCGCUCCAAACGUUCACGUGAAAUACUUUGCACCAUGUUGUUACAGUACAAAAGGAGGAGGUCCAAAAUGAGCUGCCUCUGAUGGUUUAGUUUUGUGGAAAAUCCUCAAACUG